AUGGCGCCCUCCGAUUCCGGGCUCGAGCAGAAUCCUGCCCAGCGCCAGAAACUGUUCGACGACUACCAGAGCUUCCUGCACACCUCGACGCUCGUGGCAUGUUUUCUCGCACCCGCCCUGAUCGCCCUCCCACCGCGCAAAUUGGAUCUCUAUACCUUCUCUUUGGCCGGUGCGUUUCUCGGGGCUACGAACUACCAACUCCGAGAGCGCACGGGGCUGGGGUACAUGGGUCACGCGUCCAAGAGAUUCGACAUUGGACGGACUCCCUUCCGUGAUCUGGAGACUCCUGCUUCAGCACAUGGAGAACAGCUUCGACGCCGCGAACACAUGGUGCCAGAAAUAACGGGGGAUAAUGGGACCUCUGCUCUACAAAUCAAAGCUCGUGAAGCUUGGGCGAAUAGACAAAACGAGGAUUGGAAAGAACGCCGGUUGAAAGAAGAACAGGAGAAACUCGAGCAGGGUGAAGGUUAUGGAAAUAUGAUUGUCGACCAAAUAUGGGAAGUCUGGAACCAAGGCGAGAAGAAUGCCGAUGAGUUGAAAGAGAGGGACGAGGAAGUGGUGCAGAAGCAAAAUGACCGGGGCUGA